AUGUCUGAAGCACUCAACGACGCUUCGGGCGACAGGCCCCCACAGAUGCCCGAAAAGUACACCUGGCUUCGCGACGCUGCUUCGUCUACGUACUGUUUUGUCAGUCUGUGUGUUCCCACCUCCGACAUCAAUGAUGCGCGUUCCAAACUGGCUGCGAACGCCCAAGAGGACUCGGUCGUCGAUGCACUCCUUAGGCGCGUCGUUGCAGUAAAGAUUCCCGGAGAAGGCUCUACCCAGCCUACGAUGCAUCCCGAAUUACGCAUUCUCCAGGAGAUACACCGCCAAUCGUAUUCUCGCAGCGGCGGUGAGCACUGCAUUGAAGUAGUUGACCACUACGACAUGGAAGCUAUGGCCCAAGGGGAACCAGGUUGGCUGGUCAUGGCAAGCUCACCAGUAUCUAGUGAUCUUGAAGGACUCUUCGUGUUCGACACUAGGGACAAGCUUCCAAAAUGCCUACUCUGGCUCAUCAUUACGCAGCUCUAUGAGACAAUCUACUUCCUACACCGCGAAUGUAAGCCGACUAUCACACAUGGCAGUGUUUUAGCGGAGGACAUUCUUAUCAGCUUUCCCUACGAAGAAGAGAAGAAUGGCGAGGUUACCAUUGCUAAACGCCCUAAAAUCAGUCUCGUAGGAUUUGCGAAGAGCUGCAUCCAUGAUCCUACGGACUCUCCAGAUGGGCUUGAACGCAAGGCUCGGGCAGAGGAAGAAGAUGUCGAAUCUCUGGCCCAAUUGAUUCGAAAGCUCAUCUAUAGGUGCUACGAGCAUGAAGAUGUAUACGAUGGCAAGCCAGGAGGGAAGAUGACAAGGCUCGUGCGAAAGUAUCUCAAAGAUGAUGCGCCAGAAGAGGUGAGGAAGUUUAUGCAGCGGGAUGCGCGAGACUUGGAGGGCGUAUGGGCUGCUAUCGGGGUAUUCGCUAAGGAAAAAUUGGGGAAAGUCAGGAAUGAGGAGUGGGAAGAGGUGCGGGACUCGGUUGAUGAGGUUGCUGAAGGGAAAGUAAAGUUGAGCGACAUCGUCAAGGACGUUCUGAAGGGUCAGCCUGCGAAUAAUUAG